ACCACAGCCAAAGAUGCAAAUGAGACACUGAUGGAUGCUGAGCGUGUGUUGAGAGAAGUGAGACAUUACCGAACACGGCAGUGAUGAGCGUCGCCUCCAAUGAAGACAGUCAGCUCUUCUCUCUUCCGCCUGCUCCUUCACUUCCUCUUCCGGUUGUUUCUCCCGCUCUCGACUGUAGCGCUGCAUCCAGGCAUUGAAGAUCUUUGCAUCCUCUUCCUCUUUCUCCUCUUCUUCCUCUGCCACCAAAGGAUCUUCUGACAAGACCUCAGCUUCUUGAUCUGAAUCCAUGAAGUCAGGGCAAGUUGCAGAGAUGAUUACAUCCCUGCCAUCCACGCUGCAGCCGGAAGGUUCCAAGAUGCUGCUGGCGCUCACACGCAAAGCCUGAUAAUCCUUUUAGGCAAAGCUAGAUUAAAGCCUGGCUAGUGUGUCAGAACAACCCCAAGGUGAGAAAGAAGAGUCAGGUGACAAUUGAGCUGCUGUUACGUCUGCAAUCAACACAAAUAUCAACACCACACUUUGGCUUUUGCUCCCAUUUUUCAUGAGUGGAACUCAAAGAUGUCCAACUUUACUACCCACACAAAAGAAGUUUUCCUCUCAGGUAUUGUUCACAAAUCUCUUGAGGUCAAUGGAAAAGUCUGCGGGCCAAAGAGUGUUUUUUUAUUGGGGCUCCGGGACUCUGGAAGGUUCUAGCAGUAACAGUUAGAGAUGCUACCUCAGUAGAAGCAUUUAAGUCCCAUCUUAAAACUCAUUUGUAUACUCUAGCCUUUAAAUAGACCUCCUUUUAGACCAGUUGAUCUGCCGUUUCUUUUCUGCUCUACAGAUCAGGUGACCACAGAUGAUGCGCUGGCUGUCCGAAGUCCGGACCCAUGGUGGACCACUCAUCUGUGCACCAGUUGGGGACGUCUCUGUGAUGCUGACACGUCUCCACUCAAGCCUCCCCAAUCCCCGUGUCCUCCCUGCGCCUCCUCGUCCCUCCUCUGCGUCUCCUGACGGCGGCCAUGUGGCAAGUUGCACAGCAGCGAAGCGUCAAGCACUACGGCAUCCUGGGAGAUUUUGUGUCCCUGGUGACGGACGCCAUUCCUGAACUGCUGACGGACAAACAGAAGUGUUUGCUGCUUCUUGCGCUGAGGGUGAAGCUCAGCGACUCAGCGACUGAGGAAUGUGAUUGUGCACCAUUGAGUCUUCCUGAGAAAGUGAGUCCAGUGGACAGACGACGCCUCUCACAGGAUGUGUUCAACCAGACUUUUGACAGGGCUCUCCAGGCCUUACUCUCGGACUUCCUGUGCAGGACUGAGCAGCUUUUUCCAGUCCCUGACUUUAAACAGGCUGUGUCCUGGCUGACUUCUGCAACGGCUGGUUUUGCCGACUGUCUUGGUGUUCCUGACCGAGAGGAGCUGAAAACACUACUCAGCAACCAGCGCCAUCAGCUGGGACAAGUCCCUUCUACAGUGGAUUGUGAGACAGAGAAGAUCCUUCUCUCGGCCUGGUCCCACCCCCUCAUCGCAAAGCUGUCCAAUCAUGAGGCAGCUCACCUCAGUACACAAGCCCAGUCAGAUGUCCACGUUGACAUCGGGAGUCCAGCCCAGCUGACGAUGGAAAACCAAAAGGAGGAGAUUGUGUCGAGGCGGACGGCCUCAGCAGCUGAAGCAAAGUCCAAUAGCGCUUCAUGUCAAGAUUCAUGCACGGCUGUCAACCUGAAGGCACAGAGCAGAUUAAAGGACAUGCCUGCUAACUCCGAUGAGCCGUCGAGACACUCCUCAGAUCCGCCGCACAGUCACAUCAUGGCCGACGCUCUUCACAACAUUUCCCAUCAUUCUCAGCGAGUGGCUCACAAAUGUCCCCAGUGUGGCAAAUGUUUCAUCUACCGCUCUCAGGUUCUGCGUCACCUGCGAACCAGCAAGUCCUGUGGCCACACCUUAACCAGGAGCGCAGCCGCUCAUCAGGACAAUAUACCUGCUGCCCAUGAGGAGACACGCCUUGAAGCGUGCCGCCCCACUGGAAAGCACCCUUGCUUUCAGUGCAAGGAUGAGUUCCUAUCCAAGGCUGAGCUGCUGCUCCACCAGCGCAGCCACAGAGCCCGACCCAUCUUUCCAUGUGGCCAAUGUGACAAGGAGUUCCUUCACCUGUCCAGUCUGACCAAUCACAAGCAGACACACCAGGAAAAUGGCGGGAUCAGCUGCAGCCAGUGCGGCAAAGUGUUUGGCUCGGCUAAAGAGAGAGACGCGCACAGCCUGCAGCACCGGCUGCCUGACCUCACCUGUAAUCUCUGCUCGCAGGUGUUUAGCUCACAGUCGCAACUGCUGCGACAUCUGCAGACACACACAGUGGAGGGUGCUGAGCCGUGCUUUCCCUGUCGCUUCUGUGACCAGACUUUUUCAGGCGUGACUCUGCUGCGUAUCCACCAGCGCUCCCACAGGACCCGCUCGUUCCAGUGUGACCAGUGCGACAAGACAUACGGCUCGCUCACCGGCCUCCAGUCCCACCGGACAAGUCACAUGACAGACAGUCGCUUCCUGUGCCCUCAAUGCGGCAAAUGCUUCAAGACACGCGAUGGGCUGGAGGGCCACCUGAGGACGCACAGUGGCGAGCGGCCAUAUCGCUGCCCUUACUGUCCCAAAGACUUCACUGCGCUCGCUGGCCUCAAUGUUCACGUGCGGCGGCACACUGGAGAGCGCCCGUACGUGUGCACGGUUUGUGGCAAGGGCUGGCCGUCCGGAGGCGACCUGCAAAAACACAUGCGUAUUCACACGGGGGAACGGCCUUUCUCCUGCCAGGAGUGUGGGAAGUCCUUCUCCAACUCUUGUCACCUGAGUGAACAUCGGCGCAUCCACACCGGUGAGAAGCCUUUCUCCUGUCCCGAAUGUGGAAAAUGUUUACGGAGGAAGUUCGACCUGAACAAGCACAUGUUGUGCCACAGCAACAAACGUCCAUAUGCCUGCCUUUCCUGUCCCAAGAGCUACACUCGCAAGACUCACCUUAACAGACACCUGUUGACACACAGGACAGAUGGCGGAGAACCGGAGGCAGCGGAUUAACUUUGACACCUUUUUAUACUUUUGAACAAUGUGCGGCUUCCACAACUUUUUGUGGACCCCUUUUGAUUACUCUCUAUCUUUUUGGACAAAAACUGCAACUAAAGAUGACCUUUUAGUAGGGGUGUAACGGUACACAAAAAUGUUGGUUCAGUACGUACCUCGGUUUAGAGGUCACGGUUCGGUUCAUUUUCAGUACAGUAAGAAAACAGCAAAAUAUACAUGUUUUGGUUAUUUAUUUACCAAAUUUGUAAACAAUGGCUUUAUCCUUUUAACAUUGGGAACACUAUGAUAAUUCUGCCCACGUUAAUCCACAUUAAACUGCCUCAAAUUGCUGCUCAGAUUAAAUAAAAUGACAAAACCUUUCUUCUACGUAUAAAAAGUGCAACAUUAACAGUUUCAAGUCAACUCAUCAUGCUUGAUUUAUUACAGCAUUUGGGAAGCCUGUAGUUGAUUUUUAUUAUGUAAAUGUUAUAUUUUGUCAACAUGUGAUAGCAGGCACCCUGCCAUUCAAAACUAGGCUGCUACAUUACUAAUGAUUCAUGUAACUAUAGCUGAAAAAUAGUACAAUAGCAAUAGGAGACACUAUUCUUCUCUGAACACCAUGGAGUUCAAGUGAAAUAACACACAGACACGGCUUUGCUGCCCCUAACAAACACCCGCACGCGCACACACACACACACACACACACACGCACGCACAUUACACGCAUGCACACACACACACACACAGCAAAAUGAGCUAACGUUACGCUAAAAGCUAAUUAGCCUUCACCUCAAGCCAGGACUGCGUGCGAGCUGAGCUGCAGUUUAAGGUUCUAGAACGUCAACGGGCUCAUAGUGAUGUUACUAGUAGUGUUUAUUAUAAUUUGGGGAGAAUACGCUGCCUUAUGCUUAUGCUCACCUACUCGACGCUGAAACAUUGACUCCAUGCACUUUGAAAACGCACUGCUGAUUGGCUGUUAUCGCUUUGUAUGUAACCAAUCAGAUGGUUGUGUGGGUGGGACAAUGCUGGGUGCUGACAAAGAGGCGGAAGAAGCAAAGCAGCUUGUUCAGAUUUUAGCUUAGAAACUUGUUUGGUACACCCCUGUACCGAAACGGUUCAAUGCAAAUACACAUACCUUUACACCCCUGUCUUUUAGUUAAGUUACUGCGAUUAACGUUUGCCAGUGUUAACAUCGGCAUUUCUGAAGGACAUUUAUACAGUCAGGUUUUAACCGAAAUGUUGUGUUGACAGUGUUGCCCAGGAUAUUGUAUUUGUCUACUGCUGUCUGUCACUCAAUGUCAUUUGUCAAUCAAACAAACUUUAUUAACGUAAAUUUCCAUAACAGUCUA